GAGGGAGAGAGGGAGGGAGGGAGGGAGAGAGGGAGGGAUGCAGGGAUGCAAGGAGAGAGGAGGGGGCACGACCCAUCGAUAAUGUAACGUGAAGGGUGGUGUUGGGGUCUAAUAAUAACUCAAUGGGGGAAGCAUAACUGUGGAUUUAAUGCAUAUGAGAAACAAAAGGGAACAAAAGAAAUUCGUGAAAGGUCGGCUUUGCUAAAUGUUUCCUAUGAAUUGGGUUAGUAGAUUUGUUUCUAUUAAAGGGUUAAUGGAGUUACCACGGUGAGUGUAAAUGGGCUCUUGUUAUGGUGAUGUAAACAGUGUUGACAAAUUCAGAUUAUCUACCUUUGAUGAUGUUGUGCAAUGUUAAACUCGUUGUUUUUUCUAAUUGAUUAAAUACGAAUGGUUAUAGGUUGCAUUGUUGUUGUUGCUGUUAAUGUUAUUGCUAUUGUUGACGUUUUUUUAAUAGAUGUGGUGAUAGCCUGCGUCAACAAAAGCUGCUAUGCGUGCCAUCAUUUUCAGACAAGCAUUGUGUUAUUCGGGCCGAAGAGGCAGUGUGGUGGUGAAACGAAACUGCAGCACAGACGGAAGUUCAUGUUCACUCGUCAACAUUGAUGCAGAGAGUUCGCCGUCUUGCCCUGCGCGUAGUCACAUUUGUUCUUCUUCCCUGGAAGACAGCACCACCUACUGGUGAUAAAGUGUAGUAUAUCUACACGCACAGCCGGACCAAUGACUAUGUUACAUUCACAGACACCUGGAAACUCGGAAUUUCUGAUUUCCAAAUGGGAACGAUUACAUUUAAAAAACGUCACAAGAAGUAAGAAGUUCUUUUUAGUUACUCCUUUUCUAGCUGAACAACAGAUUGUUUCCUCUUCUUCUUUGUGUGAUUUUUUAAAGCACCAGCCACAGUUUCACUGCUUAGCUUUGCAGUUUAUUUUAUUUAUAUUCCACCUUUAUUUUUUAGGCAUAUAAGGGACUUAAUAAAACACCUGAGAUUACCACAGUUCAGGACAGGAUAUUUCAAUUUUCCCCAGAUGAGACAGAAAAUGUAGAUUCAGGGCACCCUGGAGGCUAAGGGGCCCUAGGCAUUCACCUUAUUCGCCUAUAGCAAGAAACGGCGUAAAUAAUAAAUAUUUAAACCACUGGACACACUGCAUCAAUAAAAGGCUUCAAGCGUAUUUGGUCUCACGGGAUUUUACCAGUGAAGAACAGAUCAGUGAAAUGAACUACAGUUACCAAUAGCCCUUGCGGCUCUGCUGUCUGUUCCAAAAACAAUAUGAAAAACCCUCUCGUAGGUUGGGGAGAAAAAUGAGAUUUUUGAAAAAACAUAAAUCUUGUGAAACUAUGUGUAUAUCAUAACAACAAUGAACAACAAAGGAAAAAAAAAAAACUAAUAACAAAUAGAUGUUCGAGUCCUCGCGGGACUUUACAUUUCCGGAAGUCAGAGCUACAUGAGAUAGAACUGUCCGAGGUCCUGACACCGUGAGUUAUACUUUUCUCACUCUAGACUACAUAUUUGCAUAUUUGUUAUAUGUUUUAACUUGACUGUAAAAUAAAUUUGUUGUGUGUAUAAACGACUUAUUUUAGCCUGAAAAACGUUGCAGUGAGCGCGUUAGAGUGAGACAUUAUGACGUUAUGGUAGAUCUGCUGAACUAAAGUAGAUGUGUUUUGCUUUUUCUAUUCUUGUAUUUCAUACAAACAGUAAUACAGCAGCCUAUCAUCUAAAACACCAAACCUAUUGAUUUACUCUAACAUUGCAUUGCAAAUUUGUAUUGUCUUAGGUAGAUUUUGGCAGUAUGGAUAGCCAACCAGACCCGACAGCCUGUGUGACCACCACCCAAAGCUCCAGCAGUUUCCAACCGAGCAAUGCACCCAGUAACGAUGCUCAAGAACUCAAUGGGGUCCCAGAGCGGCGGACGUUGCUACGGGUGUCCGAGUCCCACGGACUGCAGCUGUUGGGUGUGCUGAAGUCUUUCAGGGAGCAAGGGUUGCUGUUUGACUUCACCGUCAAUGUCCAGGAGCACAGUUUCCCCUGUCAUCGCUGUGUACUUGCAGCAUGCAGUGAUUUCUUUAGGGCCAUGUUUGCGGUGGACAUGCGAGAGAGUGAGGAUGGUAUGGUGACAUUGGGUAAUCAGUGUCCAGUGGCAGUGGGUUCUUUCAUAGAUUUUGCCUACACUGGAGAGGUUCUCAUCACUGAAAGCAACGUGGACAUGUUGUUCCAGCUUGCCUCUUUCCUGCAGGUGUCUGUCCUUUCCAGGGCAUGCAGUGACUUCCUAAUCGGAACCAUGGAUCUUUCUAACUGCCUCUCCCUCUUGUCCCUGGCUGAAGCAUACGGUUCAGCCUCUCUCCUUCACAGCGCCAAUGACUUUGUGGUUCAAAACUUUUCUGAUCUUUCCCAGACCCAGGAAUUCUUGGACAUGCAGGUAAAUGUCUUAGAGGCCUGCUUAAGAUCAGAUGCCCUGAAUGUGCCCAGUGAGGAGGCAGUUGUGACGUCCCUUCUAAGAUGGAUUCGCAACAAACUACCAGACAGGCAGAAGCUGCUGCCUGGACUAUUGUCUCUAUCCAGACUGCACCACUUGCCUGCACCUGUGCUAAAGACUCUGCGCAAUUCAGACUCUCUCCUCUGCAGUGACGAGUCCUGUCUUGCAUUGCUGUCAGAUGCCCAGAGCAGACAAGCUCAGUACUAUGGCCUGCUCAUGGAUGCCAGGCCUGCCACAACUCAAAGCUACAUCUACAUUCUCAAGACAGAGGAGAAUGGUGAAAUCCGCCACACCUUCUGCUACUGCUUGGAAAAAGACCAGUGGAAGGAACUGGGAACCGAACGUGAAGAGAAUAGAGCGUCAGUCCCAGAUCUACCAGGGGCUUACCUCACCAGCUAUGGAGAGAAGAUGUUUGUAACAGGUGGUUGCCAGGGGAACUGUUGCCGGGCAAUUCGACUCCACGUGGCAGAACCCUACCAUAAUGCUACUGAUGAGGUCUGGUGUUUCUGUCCUGUGACCCUGACCUGCACUGCUGCACCCGCUAUGCUGCAGCCCAGAACCAUGCAUGCAGCUGUGACCUGCUUGGACAGAGUAUAUGUCAUUGGGGGACGGACGAACGGACCCAGAGGGGAGGCUCCCAGUCUGCUGGAGGUGGAGUAUUAUAACCCGCUGACUCAGACCUGGUGCUCUGUCAGCCCUCUGCCUGCUGCUAUCUUUUACCCAGAGGCCAGUGCCUGUGGCAAUGUGAUCUAUACACUGGGGUCGGAGGUGGAGAUCACAGACUCCUUUAAUCCUUCACUCGACUGCUUCUUCUGUUAUGACGCCCAGCAGGACCAGUGGAGCCGCCUGGUGGCAGAGUUUGGCCAGUUUUUCCAUGCUACACUUGUCAAAGCUGUGUCAAUCAAUAAUACACUGCACCUCUGUGACCUUUCAACGUAUAAGGUUUACAGCUUUUGCCCCGAGACCUGUGUGUGGAAGGGGGAAGGGUCAUUUGAAUGUGCCGGUUUCAACGCUGGAGCUGUGGGCCUGAGAGACAGAAUCUACAUUCUGGGUGGAGACUACUCGCCUGAUGAGAUCACUGAUGAAGUUCAGGUAUUCCACAGUGGGAGGAGUCAGUGGGAGGAAGUGGCGCCCAUGCCCAGAGCACUCACUGAGUUCCACUGUCAGCUCAUCAGCUUCAAUAGAUACAGAGACCCAUGGGGUGACCCAGAAUGAUACUCACAAGACACACACAUCAGCAAAGCUGCAACUAAACAACUGGUGCAUGCAUGACUCU